GGACGGCGACGGCUUCUCGGCGGGUGAGCGCAGGACGCUGCCUUGGACUCUCGAGGCCCGGCGCCCUUGCGGCCUGGUUUCCGGGUCCGGGCUGAGCCUCACUUUCCCUGCGGGUCUCCGCGCCCGAACUUCGGCUUCGUCAUCUGCCUUCGCGUGGAUUAAUCCCCCAGGAAGUAAUUGAGGUGCAGAAAAUUUUGGUUAAAAUGGUUUCUAAAAGAAGGCUAUCAAAAUCGGAGGCGAAAGAGAGCCUGACAGAAGAUGCCUCUACUGGGAAACAACCACUUUCCAAAAAGGCCAAGAAAUCUCAAGUUCCUGAUGAUGUUGAAGAAAGUGACAGUGUCUUUGUAAGACUUCUUAAAAUGUCGGGACUUACUCUUAAAACUGGAGAGAAUCAGAAUCAACUAGCCGUGGAUCAAAUAGCUUUUCAAAAGAAGCUCUUUCAGGCCCUGAAGAAACAUCCUUCUUAUCCCAAAAUAAUAGAAGAAUUUGUUAGUGGCCUGGAGUCUUACAUUGAGGACCAAGACAGCUUCAGGAACUGCCUUCUGCCUUGUGAACACCUGCAAGAUGAGGAAGCCAGCAUGGGUACAUCUUACUCUAAGAGCCUCAUCAAAUUGCUUCUGGGGAUUGACAUAUUACAGCCUGCCAUUAUCAAAACCUUAUUUGAAAAGCUGCCAGAAUUUUUUUUUGAAAACAUGAACAAUGAUGGAAUCCACAUGCCUCGACUCAUUUUCAGUCAACUAAAAUGGCUCGACAGAGUUGUAGAUGGCAAGGAUCUCACCACCAAGAUCAUGCAGCUGAUCAGCGUUGCUCCAGAGUACCUGCAGCACGACUUCAUCACCAGUCUGCCUGAAAUCCUAGGGGACUCCCAGCAUGCUGAUGUGGGGAGAGAACUCAGUGACCUACUAACAGAUAAUACCCCACUGACCGUCCCCAUCCUGGAUGUCCUGUCCAGCCUCCAACUCGACUCAGACCUUCUGGCUAAGGUCCGCCAGUUGGUGAUGGAUAACUUGUCAUCUGUCAGAUUGGACGACUUACCUGUGAUAGUCAAGUUCAUUCUUCAUUCCAUAACAGCCACGGAUGCACUUGAAGUAAUUUCUGAGCUUCGGGAGAAGUUGGAUCUUCAGCAUUGUAUUUUGCCAUCACGGUUCCUGGCUUCCCAAAGCAAGUUGAAAAGUAAAGGUCGAGCAAGUUCUUCAGGGAAUCAAGAGAGCAGCGGUCAAGACUGUGUUCUCCUCCUCUUCGAUAUAAUAAAGUCAGCUGUUAGGUAUGAGAAAACCAUUUCUGAAGCCUGGAUCAAGGCAAUUGAAAGAAUUUCCUCCGUGUCUGAACACAAGACUUUUGACCUGGCAAUGCUUCUCAUCAUCUAUAGCACCAACACUCAGACAAAGAAGUACAUCGAGAGGGUGCUAAGGAAUAAGAUUCGGUCAGGCUGCAUCGAGGAUCAACUGCUACAGGGCACCUUCUACAUUCAUUACACGGUUCUGAAGGAUAUUUGUCCGUCCAUUCUGUCACUGGCUCAGAGUUUGCUUCACUCCCUCGAUCCAAAUACGAUGUCGUUUGGCAGUCUCCUAUACAAAUACGCAUUUAGAUUUUUUGACACUUACUGCCAGCAGGAAGUGGUUGGUGCUCUAGUGACCCAUAUCUGCAGUGGGAAUGAAACUGAAGUUGAUACUGCUUUGGAUGUCCUCCUGGAUUUGGUAGUGCUCAACUUGUCUGCCAUGAGACUGAAUGCUGUCUUUAUAAAGGGCAUCUUAGAUUACCUGGAUAAUAUGUCCCCUCAGCAAAUACGAAAACUCUUCUAUAUUCUGAGCACACUGGCCUUCCGAAAGCAGCAUGAAGCCAGCAGCCACAUCCAGGAUGACAUGCACCUGGUGAUACGGAAGCAGCUGUCCAGCACCGUAUUCAAGUACAAACUCAUUGGGAUUGUUGGCGCGGUCACCAUGGCUGGCAUCAUAGCAGCGGACAGAAGCGGACCUUCUAGUUUGAGCCAAGGGAGAGCAGACCUGAGCGACGAGCAGUGCGCACAGGUGACGUCCUUGCUACAGUUGGUUCAUUCCUGUUGUGAGAAGUGUCCCGAGGCCUCUGCGUUGUAUUUCGAUGAAUUUGCCAACCUGAUCCAAGCAGGAAAGCUGGCUCCAAAAGCCCUGGAAUGGCUCGGACAGAAUAUCUUUAGUGAUUUCCAAGAUGCCUUUGUGGUGGACUACUCCGCCGUUCCAGAAGGUGACUUUCCAUUUCCUGUGAAAGCGCUCUAUGGCCUGGAAGAAUACAGCUCUCAAGACGGGAUCGCCAUCAACCUCCUGCCGCUGCUGUACUCGCAGGACUUUGCACAUGAAGAGGGUCAAGGGACUUCCCAGGAAUCAGGCCAGAAAUCGGUGUCUCCAUUGUGCCUGGCGCCCUUUUUCCGGUUACUGAGACUUUGUGUGGAGAGACAACACGACGGGAACUUGGAGGAGAUCGAUGGUCUGUUAGAUUGUCCCGUACUCCUCACUGACCUGGAGCCUGGAGAGAGGCUGGGAUCCAUGUCUGCUAGAGAGCACUCCUUCCUGUGUUCACUCAUAUUUCUUACUCUCAACUGGUUCCGAGAGGUUGUGAAUGCCUUCUGCAGGCAAACAUCUCCUGAGAUGAAGGGGAAGGUGCUCACCCGGUUAAAGCACAUUGCAGAACUGCAGAAAAUCCUAGAAGAGUACCUGGCAGUCGCCCCAGACUGUGUUCCUCCUCUUGCAAGCUUCGACUUGGAAACUUUAGAUAUAACACCUCAUACCAGUACUGCUGUUUCUGCCAAAAUGAGACGAGGAAAGAUAGGAGGAAGGAAACGAAAAGCAGAUGGCAGCAAAACAUCUUCCCCUGACACACUUUCAAAGGAGGAUAAUUCAGUUUCAAAGGAAGAUAAUUCAGAAUGCGACCCUACACCAUCUGAUAAGAGCCGCGAUAAGGAGAUGACAGGGAAGGAGGAAAAGGCAUCCGUGUUACUGCAGAAUUACCAUGCCUUUUUCCGCGAGCUGGACAUUGAGGUCUUCUCUAUUCUGCAUUGCGGACUCGUGACCAAGUUCAUCUUAGACACUGAAAUGCACACUGAAGCUGCCGAAGUUGUGCAACUCGGGCCCCUGGAGCUGCUUUUCUUGCUGGAAGACCUCUCCCAGAAGAUGGAGAACAUGCUGGCACCUUCUAUUACCAGGAGGAUCCCCUUCCUCAAGAAUAAAGGAAGCCGGAAUGUCGGAUUCUCACAUCUUCAUCAGAGAUCUGCCCAAGAACUUGCUCGUUGUGUUGUUCAGCUGCUGACCCCAAUGUGUAACCACCUGGAGAACAUUCACAACUAUUUUCAGUGCUUAACUCCUGAGAGUGACGGUGUGGUUGACGGCCCAGCAGUGAACGAUCAGGAGUACCACGUAAUGUCUUCCUGCUAUCAGAGGCUCCUGCAGGUCUUCCACGGGCUCUUUGCUUGGAGUGGAUUUUCUCAGCCUGAAAAUUUUAAUUUACUGUACUCAGCCCUUGGUGUCCUCACUAACCGACUGAAGCAGGGAGAACAAGACCAGCCCUUGGAGGAACUGCUCAGCCAGAGCUUCCACUACUUGCAGAAUUUCCAGCACAGCAUUCCCAGUUUCCAGUGUGCUCUGUAUCUCGUCAGACUUCUGAUGGUCAUUUUGGAGAAAUCGACAUCUCCUGCUCAGAACAAAGAAAAAAUUGCUUCCCUGACUAGACACUUCCUCUGUCGAGUGUGGCCGACGGGGGAGAAGGAGAAGAGCAGCAUCUCUAAUAACCAGCUCCACGACUUGUUCUGUAUCUACUUGGAGCACACAGACAAUGUUCUGAAAGCCAUAGAGGAGAUUGCUGGUGUUGGGGUCCCAGAAUUAAUCAACUCUCCUAAAGAUGCAUCUUCCUCCACGUUCCCUACGCUGACCAGGCAGAGCUUUGUCAUUUUCUUCCGUGUGAUGAUGGCUGAGCUGGAGAAGACAGUGAAAGGCCUUCAGGCUGGCACAGCAGCAGACUCACAGCAGGUUCAUGAAGAGAAGCUCCUGUACUGGAACAUGGCUGUUCGAGACUUCAGCAUCCUCCUCAACCUGAUAAAGGUAUUUGACAGUCGUCCUGUUCUGCAUGCAUGUUUGAAGUAUGGACGUCUCUUUGUGGAAGCAUUCCUGAAGCAGUGUAUGCCGCUCCUAGACUUCAGUUUUAAAAAGCACCGGGAAGAUGUUCUGAGCUUACUGGAAACCUUCCAGCUGGACACAAGGCUGCUUCAUCACCUGUGUGGGCAUUCCAAGAUUCACCAGGAUACAAGACUCACCAAACAUGUGCCUUUGCUCAAAAAGACCCUUGAGCUGUUAGUUUGCAGAGUCAAAGCCAUGCUUAUCCUCAACAAUUGUAGAGAGGCUUUCUGGCUGGGCAAUCUCAAAAAUCGGGACUUGCAGGGUGAAGAGAUUAUGUCCCAGAAUUCUCAGGAGAGCACAGCAGAUGACACGGAGGAUGACACGUCAUCCCAGGUCUCCAAGAGCAAAACGACGGAGGAUGGUGAAGAAGACAUAAGUGAUGGAGAAGAGGAGCAGGAUAGUGAUGAGAUAGACGACGACUCUGAAUAGACCGCAGAGACUGCUGCCUCCCUUCCCCACCCAUGCCAUUCCCACUUUGUUUCUAGGGUUUGAAGUCUGUCUGCCUUUCUAACCAGGAGCAUCCUGCUUUGUCCUCGAAGAGGGGCCUUUGUUUUUUAAUUGAAUUGUGGUUUCAUAGGUGGUCUAACAACAUCAAUCCCUGACUCAGGAUUCCAGUGUACGGUUAUUUAUUGGUUUGGAUAAACAUGACAGUGCUACACUGUAGUGUAAAAAUGCCGAGUCAUGGUUCUGGACUUUGGAAGCUAGUUUUGAAACACUUUGGUUUGUUCUAAAAUUUAGGCUUGUACCCGUUUUACAAAUAAACUCUGUUGCAAGUUC